UUUGCCCUUUAGAAUGACAAUGUCUCUCUUCCUAACGCGAUUAUUGUCCAAUCCGCAGUACGGCAAUAUCGAAAAUAGCAAGGAAUGCGGCACCCGUAGGUUCCCUCGAAAAGGCAACAAGGCUAGUCUCUCUGCUAUCAAAAUCCGGGGUAGAUUAUUCGUCUAACCGCACCCUUCCAGCUUUGCACCUGCAUUAUCGUGUCUGAUUGUGCAACAGGGGCGCUCGUCGUGGCUGCACUCUUUCUCACUGGGAGCUUGGGAGAAACGCCUGGAUUUUCAGAUUGGGAUUGCGGGGUUGUAAGCUGGUGUUGGUUUUGGCGGAGGGGGGGUUUUAUAAGAGGACUGGAGUGGAAGGUGUUGGCCUUCAUCCAUUGGCCCCAUCUCUUCCUCUUCUUCAUUCACUCUUAUCUGUCUAUACACAUCGGAAGAAACCUCCAUUCUCAUAUCAUAUCAACUCCAACUCACUCGCUCAAUCUCCAACUCCCACGAAACACGCUAAAAUGCUCACAAACCGCCUCCUACGGUCUUGCAUCCAAGCAUCGACCUCUACAUCUCAUCCCAACCAGAUAACCUCCCACAUCCGUCCUUACUCCUCAAAAAAAGAUCUCAAUGAAAAUGGGAAUGCGGAUCGCAGGGAAAAUCCGGAUUUCGAGGUUGCUCGUCAAUGGUUCAGGUCUUUCAAUCCUGCUAAACCGACGGCGAACGAGGGGACGGGUGUCUUGCCCUCGGCGAAGAUUGCUACGACGGAGUAUUCGAGGGCUAGUGGGCCGGGGGGGCAGAAGGUUAAUAAGUAUGUUUUUAUAUCUGUCCCUUUUUAAUUUACUUCAAAGUAAUCAAUUUUUGGCAUCUUGGAUGAUGCGGGAGAGGGGAGAGUAAAGGCAAAGGAGUUGUUUCAUGAGUGAGUGCUAAUUGAAAAAUGAAUAGAUCCUCAACCAAAGCAACAACAGCCUGGCCCCUCCACGCUUUACUUAAAUACGUCCCGAAAGCCCUGCAUCAGGGAUUGAGGGAUAGUGGGUAUUAUGUUGCGUCUAGUGAUGCGAUCAAGAUCUCAUGUGAUUCGAAUCGGACGCAGACCGAGAAUCGGGAGGUAGGUUUUCUUUUAUUUUUCCUUCUCUUUUCUUUUUUCGAGCCGGGUAAAUGAAGUUGGAGGAGUGGUGUUGGUAUAUGAAGGAACGGCUGGAAGGGUUGGGAACGAUGGUGCUAAUUAUGAGCAGGAAACUCAUGCCAGAUUCUGUGCUGAGAUUGAGAAGAUUUAUCGGAAGAGUGUUCCUGGUGUUACUAGUGAGGACCAGAAAGAGAAGGUUUCUGAGUUGUGA